UCUGAAAAAAGGAAGUUAGAGGUUUCAGUCUCAUUGCCAUUCAGCUACAUCCUAAGUAACAAGCACCAUGGAAUAUGAAGAAACUUAUGUGAACUUUCCUUCUCAUGAUGUGUCUGAUUUCUCAGGAGGUUACCCACACCAAAAUGAUAAAAUUAAAGCUUCUACUCCAAGUACAGUUGCAAACUUUGAAAUACAGCAGAACCCAUAUUUUCCUGAGCGGAGCCAGAAUGUGCCAAAUCAGCUGAAGAAUGAACAAGUACAGAAUGUGUAUUGCAUUCCUGAUGUUCCGGACAGUUCAAGUUCCGUUACUGAUUUAUUCACUAAGGAGUGCGCAGCUGCCCAGAAGCCGUAUCCAUGGACCAAGAUCCUGAUUAGCACCCUCAGCAUCGUUUGCAUUCUCCUGCUUGCUAUAGUCAUAGUGGUGCUCUUCUUUUAUUCUCAGUUAUCACAAAAAAGAAGCAAAGAAGCAGAGGAGGAGGAGGCAGAAACUCUGAAGGCUAACAUCACCAAGAAGACAGAUAUGUAUAAUGAUAUUCUGGCUAAAUACAAUGGAAUACUAAAUAACUACAGCAGCAUUUCUGCUGAAUAUUAUACAUUGGCUAGAAGGGCAAAUGAUCAAAACAAAGAGAAUGAAGAUUUAAAAACAAGGAUACAGUCAUUUCUAAAGAACUUCAACGUUACUAAAGAUGCAGUCUGUAUUCAACCAAUACAAGGAAAUAUAUGCGAGUUAUGUCCUUUCAAAUGGACGUCCUUCAGAAAGAGUGAUACGAGUGGGUCAAAAUCUAGCUGUUACUUCACUUCUACUACAGAAAAAAGCUGGGAUGAAAGCAGGAAAGCUUGUAAAGAAAUGGAUGCAGAUUUAGUGGUGAUUAACUCCAGAGAAGAGAAGAAUGUUGUUGCAUCUUUGACUAAAAGUGAAAUGUUCUGGAUCGGACUGACAGAUCGGGAAAGAGAAGGACGAUUUAAAUGGGUUGAUGGAACACAUUUGACCACACCAACAUUUUGGCGUGACAGUGAACCUAAUAAUCUAUAUCCCAAUGAUCCAGAUGGUGAAGACUGUGUCAUAGAACAAGACGACUGGAAUGAUGCUUCAUGUGCUCGUCAUUUCAAAUGGAUUUGUGAACAGGACGCCAGGCACAUUUUGAUGGAAACAUAAUUGUCUUGACAUAAAAUAGAUAUAUAAAAUGUACACGCCGGAGUGAUAUCUCCUGAAGUUUACAAAAAAAAAGAAGAAAGUGUAGCUCUGCAGACAAAAAGGUUGUGCGGCUAGUUGCUAUUAGAAUGUUAUGUAGCUUAAGAAAUGAAAAUGAAAGGCAUUGGAUCCAUAAAUGUAACACAGCCCUGCUGGCUGUGUCUGAACAGUCCAAUAUUCAUGUUACUUGUACAUGGUUACUCAUUUAUAUAUGUAUAUACUGUAUACUUUUUUACUCACAAGUAAACAUGAUCUUGGUCACACCAGGAA